UAUCCCUCCCUUUAAUUAUUCACAUUGUGAAGUCUUUAAUUCCUUCUUUGUUUCUUUCAAAUGGCAUCUACCAAAGUUAAGAUUCCCACCAUAGAUUUUUCUAAUCCAGAACUAAAACCAAACACUCCACUAUGGGAAUCCAUAAAAAUUCAAGUUUUUGAAGCUUUAAAAGAAUAUGGUUGUUUUGAAGCAAUAUAUGAUAAAAUUCCAAAUGAAACUAGAGAGGGAAUUUUUGACAUUUCAAAAGAAAUUUUUGAAUUUCCUUUAGAGACCAAACUGAAAAAUUAUUCAGAAAUACCAUUACAUGGCUAUGUAGGAAUGAUUCCACAUUUGCCAUUGUAUGAGAGUUUGUGUAUUCCUGAUCUUAAUCCUCAAAGUGUUCAAACUUUUUCUAACAUCUUUUGGCCUCAUGGUAAUCCUGAUUUCUGCAAUUUGGUAAAAUCUUACUCAAAUCCAAUUGUGGAAUUGGAUGAAAAUGUUGAAAAGGAUGAUUUUGGAGAACUUGGGAUUAAAAAAUCACAUUCAUGAAUUAUUGGAUCCUAAUUUUAUCAUGUUUAGAUUUACACAUUAUAAGGGUUCAUCAAUUAUUAGUGAAGAUCACGAAAACAAUAUUAAAUAUGAUGGAUUGAGUGGCCAUACAGAUGUUAGCUUCUUGACUUUUAUAUCACAAAAUCAAGUCAAUGGAUUGCAAAUCAACAAAAAUGGGGAGUGGAUUGAUGUCAAUCUUUCACCAAAUUCUUAUGCUGUUUUGUGUGGUGAUUCAUUCAAAGCAUGGACAAAUGGUCGAUUGCAUUCUGUCUACCACAGAGUAACAAUGUCUGGAGAAAUUGAUAGAUUCUCCAUUCAAUUUAACACAUACUUAAAACCAGGUCACUUCAUUGAGGCCCCAAAAGAACUUGUGGAUGAGAAACACCCUUUACUCUUCAAGCCAUAUGAAAUGCUUGGAUUAUUUAGCUAUGUUGCUUCACGAGAUAGCUCUGUUGAUGUCUUCAAGGAUUAUUGUGGUGUUUCAUAUGAUAAAAUGUGAAUUUUCGACGAACAUUGUUAUCAGAGUACCGUUACUAUU